GUGAACUUCCCCGGAAGGAAAAGCUACCCGGCCCCUCCUGAGUACUCCCAGUCCUUCGGAUCACAAAUUAAAGAUAGGUCGAGGGAAAGGCAACAAAAAAUGGAGAACGGUGCAUCUUCUGAUGGCAAGGAUCCCUCAACAUUCUUGGGCGAGAUCAUCGGCGCCCCAGUCACUGUCAAAUUGAACUCUGGAGUUGUCUAUAAAGGAGAACUUCAAUCGGUAGACGGCUAUAUGAAUAUUGCUCUGGAGAAAUCCGAGGAGUUCGUUAAUGGACAAUUGACGCGCAGCUAUGGGGAUGCUUUCAUUCGAGGAAAUAAUGUGCUGUAUAUCUCCGCAUAUUGAUAUCCCUUCGAGUUCCAGCAGCAUUAUACUAUGAACUGAAUUUCAAGGCUGAUUGGGCCUUCCUUUCCUUGGUCUCAGUGAAACUGGAAAGAGCAGAAUUCCCUCGAGCGUUUGCAUAUUCUUAUGUUAUAUGAUAUGAGUUCAAGAUGAGGAAGGUUGGAUGGCGCCUAGUUUGGAGUAACCGAUGAAGUGACCCAAUUCCUUCGUUGUUUGAUCUUAGAAAGGUGAGGCAGGCGCCAGUAAACUUCGACAGUCAGUAUGGCGAACACCUAAUGGGUCAAAUACGUCAUUUUGUAAACCCAGCACAGAAUAUGAUAACAGUCAUCUUAAUUCAAUAUACGAAUAAUUGAAUGCAGGCCGGACAUUUUAGGCGGAGAUAUGUCCAGCUGUUGGUCCC